AUGCGUACUUCGACUCUUACCGCCCUCGCCUUGAGCGCCGGGGCUGCUGCAGCCGCCACGGUCAAGCGAGCCUCCGGUGUGACCCCAAUCACAGUCAAGGGAAAUGCUUUCUUUGCCGGGAACAGCAGAUUCUAUAUCCGUGGUGUCGAUUAUCAACCUGGCGGUUCCUCCGACGUCGCCGAUCCCAUCGCCGACGAAGCUGGCUGCAAGAGAGACAUUGUAGAAUUCAAGAAGCUGGGCAUCAACACUAUCCGGGUUUACACCGUUGACAACACCGCGUCCCAUGACGCCUGCAUGAGCGCCCUGGCAGAUGCUGGCAUCUACCUCGUCUUGGACGUCAACACUCCCAAAUACUCCUUGAACCGAGCGGACCCGAACCCAUCAUACAACGAUGUCUACCUCCAGAAUGUCUUCGCCACCAUUGAUGCUUUUCACAACUACGACAAUACCCUGGCUUUUUUCUCGGGCAAUGAAGUCAUCAAUGACCCAGAGUCUUCUGCAGCUGCCCCGUAUGUCAAGGCCGUCACUCGUGACAUUCGCCAAUACAUCCGCAGCCGAAGCUACCGACAGAUCCCUGUGGGUUAUUCAGCUGCCGAUGUCAGUGAGAACCGUUUGGAAAUGGCCGAAUACAUGAAUUGCGGGACGGCCGACGAACGAUCGGAUUUCUUUGCCUUCAACGACUACUCGUGGUGUGAUCCUUCCUCCUUCCAGAAAUCCGGCUGGGAUCAAAAGGUCAAGAACUUCACUGGCUAUGGUCUUCCCAUUUUCCUUUCCGAGUACGGCUGCAAUACCAACACCCGUGACUUUGGUGAGGUGGUGUCUCUGUACAGCAGUGAUAUGACUCCUGUCUAUUCGGGUGGCCUGGUCUACGAGUACUCCCAGGAAGCAAGCAAGUACGGUCUGGUUGAGAUCAGCGGUGAUUCGGUCACCGAGUUGACCGAUUUCUCCGUUCUUCAGUCACAGUUUGCAAAGACCUCCAACCCAACGGGUACCGGGGGAUAUAACUCGACUGGCGGUGCUUCUGGUUGCCCUGCUUACUCGUCGCCUAACUGGUUGGUCAAGAGUGAUGCGCUUCCUGCCAUUCCCGAAGGGGCCAAGAAGUACAUGACUCAAGGCGCUGGCACAGGGCCCGGCCUCAGUGGUGCUGGAUCUCAGAAUGCUGGGGGUGCUUCCAGCGGAACUGCCACUGCAGGCAGUGGAACUGCCACUCAGACGGCUUCAUCUAGUGGUUCAAGCGGCAGCAGCACAGGCACCAACAGUGCAGUCUCCAUCAAGACUCCAGAAUGGUCGGUCGCGCCUUUGGUCUGUGGUGCAGUGGUCAUCAUGUCGACGUUCUUCGGUGCCGCUCUAUUGUAA